ACCCCCCUUCUGUUGGAUGUCCCUCAUCCAUCGUACAGAUUUCUAAACUGUGCUACAGGAUGAUGGAAGACCAUUUAUUGGAACUAAGAGGUCUGUAUCAGGACAUGAUGUGAGGUCCCACGAUUUUUAAACCCACUUAUUUAACCAUACAUUUUGACACUGUCUGGAAGCAUCCUCAGCUCCCUCAAAACUCUCUCCUGUCUGGUUAGCAAUUAUGUGGGUUACCAGCUGCUGAAUAGUGGAAAGUUUUUGGAUGGAGAGAAAAAGGCAAAACAGAAGUUGUGGAUGUAGAAGUAGAAGUUACAUGUUUGUCAGCCACUAACAGAAUACCAGGGAAUUGCUAAUAGCAAAACCUGAGAAACUCUGGGUGAACUUUUGCAAACAUGUUUUCUCCAUGUUGCACAUCUGCAUAUAGUCGCAAAGAGAAUACUCUGCUUUGAGGUGACAAUUACGUUUCCCUAUUAAUUAUCACAAUAACUGUAGUCAGUUUGUGUUUUUUUCUGUCUGUCUCAUAGCAUAUUUUUUACCCAAGGGGUCACUUUUAAGAUCAACAGUAAUUUCUUGUCACAAACUGGGAAAGAGAAUUGUUUUAUAUGAGUACAGCUCCUGGACAACUAAACAUCAAUAUUUUGAUUGUGGAGAGUCCAUCAGCUGGCUGUCUGAAAAUGUUGAAGUCAGGCAUGGAUUCCCAUCUAUGCAGUCAGCUCUAGUAUGUGACUUGCCAAGGAUCUGGGCUUCUUUUUCUGCCUAAUUCCUUUGCUGUUCAACAAACUGAUGAAUUGUUUUGUCUCUUGCCCAAAUGAUCCCACUACUGCUGCACUUUUGCUUGCCCUUUGGGGUAGUGAUGGAAGGCAAUCUAGAUUUCUCACGUAUAAGACAGAGGCGACCAUAUGAUUAUUACAGAUCAGGAGAUUAUCUCAUUUCCGGAGUUAUACCUACGAGGACAGCUAUGUUCCCAAAUCACGACUUUCAGUAUAACCCUGCGGAGGACUUACAACCGUUAAUGAAGAGAAACUACCAGCAUAUCCUAGCCAUCUUAUUUGCAAUUAGUGAGAUCAAUAAAAAUUCAGAGCUCUUACCCAAUAUCACCCUUGGUUACAAUCUCUAUGAAAACUAUUUCAGCAAAAGGGUUGUCUACGAAGCCGCAAUAGAUAUGCUUUCUAGUGGGCAUUCGAUGGUCCCUAAUUUCAAGUGUGGACAGGAAGAAAAGCUCCUGGCUGUUAUCCAAGGAGGGGACUUUGAAACCUAUUUUCAAAUGGCAACCAUCCUAGAGAUCUAUAAGGUUCCUCAGCUCACUUAUGGCUUUGUCAACCAUAUUCUACAUGAAAAAACCCAGUUCCCCUUCUCCUUCUGGAUGAGUCCCAAGGAAAUCUCACAGUACAUGGGGAUUGUUAAGUUGCUGCUUCAUUUCAAGUGGAUGUGGAUCAGCAUUGCUGUCCCAAAAACCGAUGGUGGAAAUCAGUUUCUCAGAACCAUGGAAACACUGUUCUCCGAGAGCGGUAUUUGCAUAGCCUUCUCUCACAGGAUCCCACUUGUAUUUGUUGAUGGCUUUACUCUUUUAGAUAAUGAAAUACUGAACCUAUUUGAAAACCUCCUAGAAGAGAAAAUCAAUGUAGUCAUUUACUUCGGGGAUUCAGAUUCAAUGAUUUUGUUGCCAGUUAUGCUUUCCAUACUGGAAAAACAUUACCCUCCAGGGAAAGUGUGGGUCUCCACAGCCUUGUGGGGCUUUACUUUAAGCACCUUUUUUUCUUACUGGGAUAUUAAAUAUUUCCAUGGUGCCUUGUCCUUCAUCAUCCAAACAGAUAGGAGAUCAAAGUCCCAAGAACUUUUCCUGGAUGAGGAUAAAGAUACUUUUGAACAUGUCUGGUCAGAUAUGUUUGACUGCUAUGAUUCCGACCACAGAUUUUCAAGAAAGACCUGGAAAAGAUGUAGAGAGAAGGAAAAUCUGGGAGUUCUUUCCAAAGCUUGGCUUGAGAAAAGCAUGUCUGCUGAAAGCUACAAUAUUUACAAUGCAGUCUAUGUUGUAGCCCAUGCCUUCCAUGCCAUGAUGAUGCCCUUAUCUAGCAAAAAUAUGAAAAAAGAAAAAAUACUGGAUCUUACAGCCAUGACACAAUCAUGGCAGGUUCAUUCUUUUCUAAGAAAUGUCCACUUUAACAGUACCACUAUGGAUGAAGUAUAUUUUGACAAUGAUGGAGAGCUGGUGGCUGACUAUGAUCUUGUCAACCUGAUUACAUUUCCUAAUGAGUCUGCUAGAAGAGUGAAAGUUGGAAAACUCCAGAGAGAGACUUCCUCAAAUGUGAAGAUGAUCAUUGACGAAGAGGCCAUUGUGUGGCCCAACUCAUUUGACCAGGUAACACCUCGUUCUGUCUGUAAUCCAAGCUGCCAACCAGGCGAAAGGAAGAUGGUCCCUGAAGGACAACCAAUUUGCUGCUAUGUUUGUAUCCCAUGCCUGGAAGGAACCAUUUCUGUCAACCCAGAUGCAGAUCAAUGUCAAGAGUGUUCUGAAGAUCAAUAUUCAAAUAAAAACAGAGAUCAAUGCAUCUCCAAGAUCAUUGACUUCCUGUCUUUUGGAGAAGUUCUGGGGAUUGUGUUAGUCUUCUUUUCCUUGUUCCUGUGUGUAGCUACAGUUUUAAUUUUAGUAAUCUUUCUGAGACACCGCAACACUCCAAUAGUCAAGGCCAACAACCGUAACCUCACCUAUAUCCUUCUUGUCUCCAUCCUGCUUGCCUGUUUGUCCUCAUUUCUAUUUAUUGGCCAGCCAGAAAAGGUGACCUGUCUUCUUCGCCAAACCACUUUUAGCGUCAUCUUCUCUAUUGCUAUCUCUUCUGUUCUGGCAAAAACUAUCACUGUGAUACUGGUAUUCAUGGCCACACAGCCAGGGCACAGAAUGCAGAAAUGGAUGGGGCAGAAUCUUGCAAAUGCCAUUGUCUUUUUUGGCUCCAUUAUUCAGUUUGGUAUCUGUAUUGUCUGGAUGGGUACAUCUCCUCCCUACCCAGAACUUGUCAUGAAUUCCCAUGUUAGACAAAUCAUCCUACAGUGCAAUGAAGGCUCUGCCAUCAUGUUCUACUCUGCCCUUGGUUUCAUGGGCAUUCUGACCACCACUUCUUUUAUUGUAGCUUUCUUGGCCAGGAAGCUGCCUGGAGGGUUCAAUGAAGCAAAAUUUAUCACCUUCAGUAUGCUGAUUGUUUGUAGUGUUUGGAUUUCCUUUGUGCCCACCUAUCUGAGCACCAAAGGUAAAUACAUGGUAGCUGUGCAGAUUUUCUCCAUCUUGGCUUCCAACACUGGGUUGUUGGGUUUCAUCUUCCUUCCCAAAUGUUACAUCAUUGUAUUGAAGCCUCAUUUAAAUACAAAGGAGCAACUAAUGGCAAAGAGAAAUAAAUUUGGCUGAUUCUACACAUCUUCCUUUCACUGAUAUUAUCUGUAUAGUGUAUUUGAAGGUUUAACAUCACCACUGUUGCCAGGGUCACAAUUCAGGCUCAUGAUGACUCUUUUGAUGCAAUCUUCAUACAUUGUGGAGAACCAAAGAAACUCAAAUUAGAAAUGGAUUGUGUGUAGUGAUCCCAUCUGCAGUAUCCCUGUUUACAACAGAUUCCAUCUUCUUAUUACUUGAUCUCACUAUAUUGAGUAGCCAAAUGUGAAAUACAGCCACAUAGACAAUCUAUCCCGGUCUCUUUGCACAAUGUGGAGAAGGCUGAAACUGAAUGAUAGGAUUGUAGUUGGAAUAGAGCAUCAAGGCCCUCCAGUCCAAUGCCAUUCUGCCAUUCAGAAAUCCACAAUCAAAGCAUUUCCAAAAGAUGGUAUCUAUCCAGCC